AUGACAAAUAAUGGUAAAUCUGGAUGGAACAAUCCUAAUACCGGUAAGAAAGGUGGCAAUGGUGGCAAUGUUGGUAAACCAGGUGGCCGAAAAAUAGAACCUAUGGCUAUGAUUAACAAUGCAGAUGUAAGUACAUCUUCUAUGCAGGAUAUGGGUGAUGGUCCCUCUGGAGUUGCUGAGCACAAGGGAUAUCACUACUUUACAAAUGACCAAUACAAUCAAAUUCUGUAUCUCUGGAACAAGGAAUCAAAUCCCGAGUCAAACAUGGCAAACAUGGCAGGUGCNUUGGGUCAUUACAUCACUACUUCACAAAUGUCCAAUACAAUCAAAUUCUGUAUCUCUGGAACAAGGAAUCAAAUCCUGAGUCAAACAUGGCAAACAUGGAAGGUGCAGGAGCAGGAUCUUUGGAAUGGCAAGGUGAAAGGGAUUGGUAAAGAAAGAGGAGGAUUAUAUGUGCUUAGAGGACUGGCUAGCAGAAUAAAGGCAUUCAAUGUUGUGAACAGGGCAAGCAGAGAUUCAAGUGAAGUAUGGAACAACAUGCUAGGUCACCCAUCUGCAUUAGUAAUGAAGCAUGUAGUAGGUUUAAAUAAUAAAAACAGUGAAAUGUCGCAUGAAAAUUGUUUGAUAUGUCCACUAGCAAAGCAGACUACAUUAAAGUUUCCAUUGUUCAAUUCUAGAACAAAAGUAGCAUUUCAUCUUGUACAAAUAGACCUAUGGGGACCCUAUAAGAUUGCUACAUUUGAUAAGGAAUAA